AUGGACUAUUGUAAUGAAGAAUCAAAUGAAGACGAUGAUUUUUUUGAACAAGCUUCUUUAGUGGCUGCACUAAUGGGUGAGUAUGCUGUGAAACAUUUAUGUAAAGAGCCAUGUAGAACUAGUGAGCUAACAGGGCAUGCAUGGGUGAAAGAAGUAUUGCAAGGAAAUCCCACUCGUUGUUAUGAGAUGUUUCGAAUGGAAAAACAUAUUUUUCAUAAACUUUGCACUAAAUUAGUUGAUCAUGGUUUAAAGCCCACUAAUCACAUAGGGGUAGAAGAGAUGGUUGCAAUGUUCUUACUUGUUGUUGGACAUGGAGUGGGUAAUAGAAUGAUUCAAGAAAGGUUCCAACACUUAGGAGAAACUGUGAGUAGACGUUUUCAUGAUGUGUUAGUUGCUUGCUUGAGUUUGUCCAUCGAAUAUAUAAAGCCUCAAGAUCCUUUGUUCCGUGAUAGUCAUGCAAAAAUUCAAAGUGAUCCACGGUAUUGA